AUGGAGGUUGUUUUCAAGGAGGGGAUGAUAUACCUUAAGGGAAACAAGUUUGGAAAGGUGAGUGUUUUACAAAGAUGCUGUGUAUUUGCAGGACUUUACUCAACUGAGCUAAUAGAUGAAAGUCUUCACUAAUGUCGGAAGAAAUGUUCAAGGCUAUUCUCAUCUGAUUUUAUAAAUUCAAGUGAUGUUUAUGACAGUUAUUUCAACAGUAAAAAAAAAAAAAAAAGGAAUCGUGAUUUGAUUGCUUCGUUGAUUGACCGCUGCAUCCCUCCUUCACAGAAAACGUGGAGGAAGACGUGGAUGGUUCUCUACCCCCCUAGCAUCUUCGGCAUCGGUCGAGUCGAACUCUUCGACCUCCUUGACGGAGGCCUUACCACCCCCACCGGCAACGCCUCCAAGCCCAAGUCCCCCCAGGGUAGGAGGGUUGUUCAGCUGUGUGACUGUCUCAGUGUCGUCCCUGCCCCAGAGGAGAGCUGCCCUCCAGCCCUACCUAACGACGGUAAUAGUGUUCUAUUUAUCUCAUUGUUAUUUAUUAGUGCCACAAUUUGGUAUGUUUACAUGCACAAAAUAAUCUGAUUUUAUUGCGAAUACUCAGGUUUUAUUAGUGGCAGAAUGUCUAGUUAAUCUGGAUCUUCUACGGUUUCCAGACCCGUACACAGAUUAAACCUAGUUCUUGACUAAAAACCUAUUUCAAUGGAGACUUUCCUUUUGAGCUUUGUAGUCCAGAACUCGGCUUAAUCUGUCCAUGAAACCGGUCCUUUAUCGGUUCAUAUCAGUGUAUCUGCAAUCUGAGAAACUGUUGAAACCCUGAUUAAGGCAGUUUAGCUGUUUUGAAAAUGUUGUUUUAUUAAAUGUAUUGCCGCUUUUCUUCUCUUUUCUAAAAUAAAAACGUUGGACUUUGAACUGCCUCCAGACUGUAGAGCAUUCUAUCUGAACACCACACAGAGAAGUUACAUCCUGGCCUCAGAGACCUACCAUGACUGGGUGGAGGCUCUCUGUCAACUAGCCUUCCAGGUAGGGGGGAGUUUUAUCUUCCAGGUACACUGGGGGGAGGGGCCUAUAUAAAUAGUGUUUAUGUCAGUAUCUCCUACCUUCCUGGGGGGAGGGACUAUAUAAAUAGUGUUUAUGUCAGUAUCUCCUACCUUCCUGGGGGUAGGGACUAUAUAAAUAGUGUUUAUGUCAGUAUCUCCUACCUUCCUGGGGGGAGGGACUAUAUAACUAGUGUUUAUGUCAGUAUCUCCUACCUUCCUGGGGGGAGGGACUAUAUAAAUAGUGUUUAUGUCAGUAUCUCCUACCUUCCUGGGGGGAGGGACUAUAUAAAUAGUGUUUAUGUCAGUAUCUCCUACCUUCCUGGGGGGAGGGGACUAUAUAAAUAGUGUUUAUGUCAGUAUCUCCUUCCUUCCUGGGGGGUAGGGGACUAUAUAAAUAGUGUUUAUGUCAGUAUCUCCUACCUUCCUGGGAGGAGGGGACUAUAUAAAUAGUGUUUAUGUCAGUAUCUCCUACCUUCCUGGGAGGAGGGGACUAUAUAAAUAGUGUUUAUGUCAGUAUCUCCUACCUUCCUGGGAGGAGGGGACUAUAUAAAUAGUGUUUAUGUCAGUAUCUCCUACCUUCCUGGGGGGAGGGGACUAUAUAAAUAGUGUUUAUGUCAGUAUCUCCUACCUUCCUGGGGGGAGGGACUAUAUAAAUAGUGUUUAUGUCAGUAUCUCCUACCUUCCUGGGAGGAGGGGACUAUAUAAAUAGUGUUUAUGUCAGUAUCUCCUACCUUCCUGGGGGGAGGGACUAUAUAACUAGUGUUUAUGUCAGUAUCUCCUACCUUCCUGGGGGGAGGGGACUAUAUAAAUAGUGUUUAUGUCAGUAUCUCCUACCUUCCUGGGGGGUAGGGGACUAUAUAAAUAGUGUUUAUGUCAGUAUCUCCUACCUUCCUGGGAGGAGGGGACUAUAUAAAUAGUGUUUAUGUCAGUAUCUCCUACCUUCCUGGGAGGAGGGGACUAUAUAAAUAGUGUUUAUGUCAGUAUCUCCUACCUUCCUGGGGGGAGGGGACUAUAUAAAUAGUGUUUAUGUCAGUAUCUCCUACCUUCCUGGGGGGUAGGGGACUAUAUAAAUAGUGUUUAUGUCAGUAUCUCCUACCUUCCUGGGGGGAGGGGACUAUAUAAAUAGUGUUUAUGUCAGUAUCUCCUACCUUCCUGGGGGGAGGGACUAUAUAAAUAGUGUUUAUGUCAGUAUCUCCUACCUUCCUGGGAGGAGGGGACUAUAUAAAUAGUGUUUAUGUCAGUAUCUCCUACCUUCCUGGGAGGAGGGGACUAUAUAAAUAGUGUUUAUGUCAGUAUCUCCUACCUUCCUGGGAGGAGGGGACUAUAUAAAUAGUGUUUAUGUCAGUAUCUCCUACCUUCCUGGGAGGAGGGGACUAUAUAAAUAGUGUUUAUGUCAGUAUCUCCUACCUUCCUGGGGGGAGGGACUAUAUAAAUAGUGUUUAUGUCAGUAUCUCCUACCUUCCUGGGGGGAGGGGACUAUAUAAAUAGUGUUUAUGUCAGUAUCUCCUACCUUCCUGGGGGGAGGGGACUAUAUAAAUAGUGUUUAUGUCAGUAUCUCCUACCUUCCAGGGGGAGGGGACUAUAUAAAUAGUGUUUAUGUCAGUAUCUCCUACCUUCCUGGGGGGAGGGAUUAUAUAAAUAGUGUUUAUGUCAGUAUCUCCUACCUUCCUGGGGGUAGGGACUAUAUAAAUAGUGUUUAUGUCAGUAUCUCCUACCUUCCUGGGAGGAGGGGACUAUAUAAAUAGUGUUUAUGUCAGUAUCUCCUACCUUCCUGGGGGGAGGGGACUAUAUAAAUAGUGUUUAUGUCAGUAUCUCCUACCUUCCUGGGGGGAGGGGACUAUAUAAAUAGUGUUUAUGUCAGUAUCUCCUACCUUCCUGGGGGGAGGGACUAUAUAAAUAGCCAGUUUGACAUUUAUUGCUAUUAUCACAUUUUUAUACAGAAGGUGAAAGAACAUUAGAAGGGGCUAGUAUUCAUAAGAAAAGUGUAUGCACUCACUAACUGUAAGUCGCUCUGGAUAAGAGCGUCUGCUAAAUCACUAAAAUGUAAAUGUAAAUAAGACAACAUUAGAAGGGGCUAGAAUUCAUAAGACAACAUCAGAUGGGGCUAGUAUUCAUGAGACAACAUUAAAGGGUCUUGUAGUGUAGCUCAGCCCGUCCCAAAUGCACCCUAUUUCCUAUAGGGCAUCCUUAUACUUCACUCAUUUUUGACCAGCGCCCAGUAAGCUGCUAUUUGCAAGCAAACCCACUGGCAACAAUGAGGAAGUAGUCCUGAAAGCAACAGUUCGUCACCUCCUCACUUCUCCUUACUGCUGCUUACUCAAACCCUGUCUCCCCUCCCCCCUAGCCACCUCUCAAACCCUGUCUCCCCUCCCCCCUAGUCACCUCUCAAACCCUGUCUCCCCUCCCCCCUAGUCACCUCUCAAACAGUAUUACAGUCAUAAAACUAACGGAGAUACGAGAGAUCACCUCGUUGUUUAACCUUAACGUUUACAGCGCUCUGGGCUCGUAUACAUAAAAUGUCUUAGAGUAGGCGUACUGAUCUAGGAUCAGCUUUCCAUGUAAUCAUAGAGAUUGAAUGAAUGAGAGGCCCAGACACACAGAGUAUUCAUUAUGAUUAUAAAGCUAAACUGUAACCUAAAGUUUACAAUGCUCUGCCACUUGACCAAGACUUCUGUGAAAUCAGAACAAUACUCUCUGUCUGGGCCUCAUUCAUUUAUCUCAGCAUGAUGUUUUAUCUCAGCACUGGUAUUCUCAAGUUGAGGACGUGUAAUAUCACCCUCCUUUUCUUCUGCUGCAGAAAGACCCUGGAAACACAGAGAGCAGAGAGAAGGAGAGAGGAGAUGGGACGGAGAUAGCCAUGGAGGAGAAUGAGCUGUAUGCUACCUGGAAGACAGGUACAUAG